GCAGCAGCGCCGUCGGGGCCGCCCCGGCGGUGGCUCCGUCCCCGCGGCUGUGGCUCCGUCCCCGCAGCGGCUCUGUCGCGGCGGCGUCUCUGUCCUUUCGGUGGCGGCCCCGCUGCCCCCCGGGAUCGGACGUCGGGUCCCGAAGCUUCGGGGGGUCCCCGCACGCUGCCAGCCAUGGAGGACGCCCCGCGGGGGCCGUGGGACGGGGAGGCCAAAGCGGUGCAGCAGUGCCUGACGGACAUUUUCACCAGCGUCUACACCACCUGCGACAUCCCGGAGAAUGCCAUCUUCGGGCCGUGCGUGCUGAGCCACACGUCUCUCUACGACAGCAUCGCCUUCAUCGCCCUCAAAUCCACCGACAAGCGCACCGUGCCCUACAUCUUCCGGGUGGACACGUCGGCGGCCAACGGCUCUGCGGAGGGGCUGAUGUGGCUGCGGCUGGUGCAGGCGGCCCGCGAGCGGCAGGAGCAGAAUCUGGAGGCCUACGUGAAGAGCGGGCAGCUCUUCUACCGCUCCCUGCGCCGCAUCGCCAAGGACGAGGAGCUGCUGGUGUGGUACGGCAAGGAGCUCGCCGAGCUGCUGCUACUCGGCCCCGCGCGGGGCCCCGACGGGUCGCCGCCGUUCUCCUGCCCCGAGUGCGGACAGCGCUUCCAGUUCGAGCUGCCCUUCGCCGCCCACCUCCGCUUCCGCUGCCCCAAGCGGCUGCACGGAACCAACGGCGGUCCCCCCGACGGCAAGGAGGCAGCCGCCAAGGAGCCGGAGCCCGCCAAGUUCGCCAAGCCGCUCCCUCACCCCUUCCCGGACGGCGGCGCUGGGGGGGCGGCCAAGCCCUCCACGGACUUCCACAACCUGGCCCGGGAGCUGGAGAAUCCCCCGCGCCGCCCCGACGUUCCCCCCGAGGGUGCGGGCGGAGGGACCAAACGGCGGUACCCCGAGGAGGAGGCGCGGGGCCGCUUCCCGACGGAGCGCCCGGGGCUGCCGGCGGCCCCCAAGGAGGAGCCGGUGUGCGCCCCGCAGCAGCAGUUCCGCGCCGCCGGCUCCUACUGCGGCCCCGAGGAGGGCGGUCGCCUCUUCGCGCCCCCCAGCCCCGAGACGGGCGAGGCAAAGCGCAGCGCCUUCGUCGAGGUGAAGAAGGCGGCGCGCGGCCCCGAGCCCGACGCAGCCCCCGAGGACGGCCCCGAGCGCUCCUCGCCCGCGGCCCCGACGGCGGGCGGCGGGGGGGAGCCGGCGCUGUGCCCCCGCUCCGGAGGAGGCGGUGGAAACGGGGCGGCGACGCGGGGCAGCGCGUUCAGCUCGGUGCCGCAGCUCGGGGCGGCGGGGGCCGUCGGGGCGGAGGAGCGGAAGAGCGCGUUCUCGCAGCCCGCCCGCUGCUUCCCGCCGCUGCCGCUCGGCCCCAAGCUGGGCGCGCUGGGAGAGCCGUGCCCCGACGGCCCCUCCGCCGGCCGCCUGUACGCCGCCGAGCUGGCCGCCAAGGAGGGAGCGGGCGGCGGGGCGGGAGCCAAGCAGAGCCCCUUCCUCUACGCCACCGCCUUCUGGCCCAAGAGCUCCGCGGCCGCGGUGGGGCCCCUCCAGCUGCAGCUGCCGUCGGCGCUGACGCUGCUGCCGCCGUCGUUCGCGUCUCUGUGCCUCCCGGCGCAGAACUGGUGCGCCAAGUGCAACGCGUCGUUCCGCAUGACGUCGGACCUGGUGUACCACAUGCGCUCGCACCACAAGAAGGAAUACGCGCUGGAGCCGCUGGUGAAGCGGCGCCGCGAGGAGAAGCUCAAGUGCCCCAUCUGCAACGAGUCUUUCCGCGAGCGGCACCACCUCUCCCGCCACAUGACCUCGCACAAUUAGCGGCGGCGCGGAAGGGGGAAAGGGGAAAGGGGGACGGGGGGAGAAAAUCGAGAGGAAUGGAGAAAAAGAAGAGGACGGAGAGAAUUUGAGAAGGGGAAAACGGAGAAAAACGGAGGGAAAAAAAAAGAGAAAAAUGGAAAAAAACGGAGAAAAGGAAAAGAUUGAGAAAACGGGGGAAAAACGGAGGAAAACGGAGAGAAAAAGAAAAUUGAGAGAAUUUGAGAAAAUGGAGGAAAAAAGGAGAAAAACGGACAAGAGGGAGAAAACGGACAACAUGGAUAGAAUUGGGAGAAGUGAGAAAACGGAGGGAAAAUGGAGAAAAUGGAGAGGAAUUGAGAAAAUGGAGAAAAACUGAGAAAAUGGGAAGAAUGGAGAAAAAUGGAGAAAAACGGAUAAAAGAUUGGAAAAAACGCAGAUAAUGGAGAAAAAGGAGAAAGUGGGGAAGAAUGGAAGAAAAAGGGGGAAUAUAAAGAAAAAGGAAAUAACGAAGCGAAAUGGACGGAAUAGGGGAAAAGGGGAAAAAUGGAAAAAAAAUGAGAAAAAAGAACCUGAGAAAAUGGAGAAAAUGAGGGAAUUUGAGGAAAUGGGGAAAAAUGAGAAAAAGGGAAAAAACAGAGAAAAUUGAAAGGAAGAAAGGAGAAAAAUGGACUCAAAAGGCAAAAAGAGGACGAAGAGCAUAAAGGGGGCAAAAAGAAGAAGGGCAAAAGGAGAGAAGAAGGGAAAAGAGGAGAGAAAAAGGCGGAAAAAAAAAGGAAAAAAAAAACGGGAAAAAGAAAAAAAAAAAAGGAAAGCAAAUGACUUAAAGUACAUUUUUUGAAAUGUCAUAUAUUGCAACAUAUUGAUGCAUUUGUCAUACGUUUCUACUUAAAUUAUGAAGCACUUAUGGUUUAGAUGUAAGAAUAAUUCUAUGUCAGGGUAAAGGUUUUAUUUUAGAUACGGAGCUCCGGGCGGGGCUGCGGCGGCGGCGGGCGGCGGACGGCGGACGGGACCCCCCCACCCCCCCACCCUCCCCGCUCCGGGGCUCCGCGUUGGGGGCUCCGCUCCCCGUCCCCGCCCGCCCCGUCCCCGCCGCCCGCCCGCGUGUGACAUGUGCCCGUGAAUGAUGGAGUCUCGGUAGUUUCGUGUUUCUUUUCAUGCCCCCGCCCGGCCCGGCCCGGCCCGCCCACCCCCCGAAAAGAUUUAUUAAACUUUAUAGUCUAUCUGGGUGCGCUGGGUGCUUUGACAAUAAAUGAUUUAUUUUCUGCAA